GUUUGUCUCUCUUCCAAAGGCGGGAGAGCAACGAAGAGCGAGCGAUGGCCAUCCCUCUCCCCUCUCUCGUCGUUCCGCGAAGCCGUAGGUCUCCUCCCUUGGAAUCCCAUCUCAGGAGCUGGCAGGUUGUCAAGAAAUGGCGGAUUGGAGCUUCUUCCGCUGCCCCUGGGGUCGAUCUGAAGGCCCUCGAGGCCGCCAUUGCCAAGAAAGAUAGUAAUGCUGUUAAAGAGAUACUUGAUCAGCUAAGCCAAAUUGGUUGGGCCAAGAAAUGGAGCUCUCAACCAUAUGUAUCACGUCGUACGGUCAGUCUACCAUUACAGUGAAGUUCUGGGCAAGUGCUGCUCAAACACUAGAUACAUCUACAAUCACAUAUAUAUACAUACAUCCCUUCAGGAACUGGCUACUCUGGGAAUAAAAAAUGCAGAGAACCUUGCAAUUCCAAGUGUUAGGAAUGAUGCAGCUUUUCUUUUUACGGUAGUGGGAACAACAGGAUUUCUUGGUGUCAUUGCUGGUCAGCUUCCUGGGGAUUGGGGUUUCUUCGUGCCCUACCUAAUCGGGAGUAUCUCGUUGAUUGUUUUGGCCGUAGGGAGCAUUUCUCCUGGCCUUCUUCAGGCUGCAAUCGGUGGGUUUUCUUCAUUUUUCCCUGAUUACCAAGAGAGGAUUGCUAGACAUGAGGCUGCUCAUUUCUUAGUUGCCUACUUGAUUGGCUUGCCUAUCUUGGGAUAUUCGCUGGACAUUGGAAAAGAACAUGUCAAUCUGGUCGAUGAGAGUUUAGAAAAGCUGGUAUACAGUGGGCAACUUGAUGAUAAAGAACUGGACAGGUUGGCUGUUGUGUCAAUGGCUGGACUUGCAGCAGAAGGUCUUAAAUAUGAUAAGGUUGUUGGUCAAUCAGCAGAUCUUUUCACUCUUCAGAGAUUUAUAAAUAGGAGCAAACCACAAACUAGCAAGGAGCAGCAGAAAAACCUAACUAGAUGGGCAGUCUUGUUUGCUGGAUCACUCCUGAAGAACAAUGCUGUAGCUUAUGAAGCUCUAAUGUCUGCCAUGUCAAAGAAGGCUAGUGUAUUGGAGUGCAUCGAAGCAAUAGAGAAUGCUGCUUAAACGUUAAUGUUUGAUCAAAACUCUUAUGAUUUGUUAAACAGAAAUGAGUUCAGCUACUGUUAUGUCACUUCACAAUUUGAUUGCUUCACAGUUGGACGUGGCAAAAGGAAAUUUAUUGUAUAGGUCUCUCUGGAAACAUUUUACAUAGUAUGAUACUAUAAUCUUUUGACAGGAAA